GAGCUGCUGGCUGGUGCAGAGACCGAGGUCGGUUCAGGUCCUGGGCCAGCAUCACACAGGGCAGCAGCAGGAGGAAGAGGUAGCAGCUCCUGCCCUGGUGAACUAUAAGAAAUGCUCCCCCGAUUAAGAGUAGUUGCCACUUCCUGUGCACUGGCAUGUCGCACUGUGCACACGAAAGAAAAAGGCAAGCCGCUGAUGUUAAACCCAAGAACAAACAAGGGCAUGGCCUUUACAUUACAGGAAAGACAAAUGCUUGGGCUCCAAGGACUUUUACCUCCUAAAAUAGAGACACAAGACAUUCAAGCCUUACGCUUCCAUAAGAAUUUGGCAAAAAUGAGUGACCCCUUGGAAAAGUAUAUCUACAUAAUGGGAAUCCAAGAGAGAAAUGAAAAGUUAUUCUACAGGGUAUUACAAGAUGAUAUCGAGAGAUUAAUGCCAAUAGUAUAUACACCAACAGUAGGUCUAGCCUGUUCCCAAUAUGGACAUAUCUUUAGGAGACCAAAAGGACUAUUUAUUUCUAUCUCAGACAGAGGUCAUAUCAGGUCAAUUGUGGACAACUGGCCAGAAACAGAUGUCAAGGCUGUUGUAGUAACUGAUGGAGAGAGAAUAUUAGGUCUUGGAGAUCUGGGUGUCUAUGGAAUGGGAAUUCCUGUAGGAAAACUAUGUUUGUAUACAGCAUGUGCUGGAAUACGGCCAGAUAAAUGCCUGCCUGUAUGUAUCGACGUUGGAACUGACAAUCUAACUCUAUUAAAAGAUCCUUUUUACAUGGGCCUGUACCAAAAAAGAGACCGCUCACAGCUUUAUGAUGACCUGAUUGAUGAGUUUAUGGAAGCCAUUACAGACAGGUACGGCCAUAACACACUUAUUCAGUUUGAAGACUUUGGGAAUCAUAACGCUUUCCGUUUUUUGAGGAAGUACAGAGAGAAAUACUGCACCUUCAAUGAUGACAUUCAGGGGACAGCCGCAGUGGCCUUAGCAGGAAUGCUGGCAGCACAGAAGGUUGUUGGGAAAGCAAUCACAGAGCAUAAAGUUUUGUUUCUUGGAGCAGGAGAGGCUGCUCUUGGAAUUGCAAACCUCAUCGUUAUGGCUAUGAUGGAAAGCGGUAUUUCUGCAGAGGAAGCGUAUAAGAAAAUAUGGAUGUUUGAUAAAUAUGGCCUAUUGGUUGAGGGCCGAGAACAAAAGGUAGACGCCAAUCAAGAACCAUUUACACACCAACCCCCAGACCAGGUGCCAAAGACAUUUGUAGAUGCGGUGAAUAUACUUCAGCCGUCAGCUAUUAUUGGAGUUGCCGGGGCUGGCCGGCUUUUUUCACAUGAUGUGAUCAAAGCCAUGGGUUCCAUCAAUGAAAGACCUAUAAUAUUUGCACUAAGUAACCCUACAGUGAAAGCUGAAUGCACUGCUGAGGAAGCUUAUACUUUAACAGAGGGGCGGUGUUUGUUUGCCAGUGGCAGUCCGUUCGAGCAUGUGGUUUUGAAAGAUGGACGAUCCUUCAGACCAGGCCAGGGAAAUAAUGCCUAUAUUUUUCCAGGUGUGGCUUUGGCUGUAAUCCUCAGCGGUGUUCGGCAUAUUAGUGAUAAGGUCUUCCUUGAGGCUGCAAAGGCAUUGACAGACCAGUUGACUAAUGAGGAACUUGCCCAAGGAAGGCUUUAUCCACCACUGUCCAACAUCAAAGAAGUUUCUAUUUACAUUGCUGUUAAAGUUAUGGAAUUUAUGUACGCAAACAACAUGGCUUUCCAUUACCCUGAACCUGCAGACAAGAAACAAUAUAUACUAUCAAAGGUUUGGAGCUACGAAUACGAAUCCUUCAUGCCAGAUGUGUAUGACUGGCCUGUGUCUACGGCAAAGCCAUCUGAAAUGCACUGACAUACAAAAGAUCGCACUCCUCAGGUGCUGUCUUCUACUCUGCAGGGAAUCCUUUUCAGACUAAUUUACGAUAAUGACUUUUGCAACUUGUAACUUAUUUUCCCUCAUUUUGUUGUCUCCACUCCACCCCUUCAUUUUUCUGCGUGACUGAUUUUUUCCAUAAGAAUCUGAUCAGCUAUACUGGUGAUGGCUCACAUCACAUGAAUGGUAUAGCUGUCCAAAAUUAAUUUAAAUGACAGUAAUGUUGUAACUCAAGUUUAGAGCCCUCUUCAUAUCAGAGAAUUUUUAAAUGGUAUUUUAGCCAUAGACAAAUGAUAAUGAACUGUAUUUGCCGUCUCAUCAUUGCUGAUUGCCAGGAUAUUUGCUUUUGUUUUUUAAUAAUAAGUCUUCUGUCUAAUUUCUUCAUUGUCAUCACAAACAAUGAAUUGUGGCAUCACAGAAAGAAUCUGUCAAGAAAAAAGGCCAGAUGUAUCCAAAUGGAAGAUUCUGUUCCAUCUGCAGAACAAAGCUACAUGUGUCCAAGUUUCCAUGCUUCAUUCAGCCACUCUGUUCUGUGGUCUUGGUUUGGAAAUUCUUGGCUGUAGGGAGACCAUGGUUGUGUGCACAUUUGAAAUUUGCAACAAUAUUUGUACUCUACGGUUUGAUCGUUGUAUAGAAUUUAUUAUUAGAAACAAUUGUGAAUUAGUUUGAAAAAAGUUAUUCUUGAAAAGUUUGAAAAUAAUCACAUUAUAGUGGGGGGGGGUUAUGUAAGCAAAAGAAAGUAAACUAUUGCCUAUUAUUCUACUUUUUGAGAUGCAGUUUAUAAAGCAGUCUACAGAAUCCUUCAUAGUGAGUUGUGAAAGCUACGGGUGGUUCAGUUUAGCUGCAGAACUCAGAAAUUAUCUGCCAAAAGAUUUUGGUUUGAUUUGUUUUCUUUUUAAGGUUCUGUUACUUUUAAGCAAACCUCUCAGCAUUGUGUUCUUCCUAGAACUUACAUCCUUUGUUUUCACAUGAGGAGUGUGUAGAGCCAGGUGACCCAUCACUGAUCAGAAGUGACUCCAAAACAGAUCUACUUGGUGCUUUGAACAAAGGUUAUUUUCCCUCUUUUUUUUUUCUUCUGUUGCUGAUAAAGCUGGAACAGUGGGUGCUGCAGGCAGCUGUUGAUAUGUGCACUUCCAGUGGUUUGAUUGCAUGUUUCCUACAGUUUUCACUUGAUAAGACUCCCAGUAGUUCAGCGUGAAUAGAAGACUCAAAAAGUCUGACUUUCAAAAGUUUUCAGUCGUUCCCUUGUUCCUCUUCACGCCACAGAAUGUGACUUUAAUUUCUAUCAAGUUACUCCAUAUGAAAUCAGAAGUUGUGGCCAGAUCAUUGCUAGGUUAGUUCUUUUUUUUCCUCAUUGAUUCAUUCAGGGUUAGCCUCCUGUUGCAUUGAAGGCCCUGAAUUUGAUGUGGGUAUUAUUGUUUGGGUUCCUUCUCAUUUCCCUCCCAUCUACUGUCUGAGUGAAAUCCAGUUCUCUACAUUAGUAGACACAGAAUUUGGUUAUUGCUGGUUGUCUGUGACUUUGUUAAAACCAUCCCCUAAGAGCAGGGGUAACAUAAAACUAGACAAAGGGAACCGCAUGCUUUACUGGAGUUUUGCUGUGUCAAGAACCAAUGGCAGAAAUAAAUAGCUCUUCUGGCUGAACUGACAGGCUAGAAGCCAAGAUCCAGAUACAUGAAUAAAUUUAUCCAUGGCAAAUGUGUGCACAGCAGGAAGCGCAGGCACCAUACCCCCUUGAAGAGGGUGCAGAGCUCCCCUUCCUUUUAUUGCUUACUCUGUUGUGAUUUUAAAACAUGGAUUGAUUGUUUUAAUCUUUUUAAGAGCAAAAGGUGAGAGGAAGAAAAGUAGAGUUUGCAGUAGAUUUUCACUAGGUGAUGAGAGAAGACUGCUUUUUCCAAAUAUCUCAGUGAUGGAAAAAUUACUUGACAACAUACUGAGGCUUUCGUAAAACACAGAGUGUGGAGGUGGCUCUAAAUUCUACAUCACUGUGUUUGUGAAUUAUGAGGUAUAAAAUUUAUAUAUCUAUAAAAAAGACCAACACACACGUGGUGGUUUUAUAAAUAAUUCCUUUUCAUCUAUUUUUGCGGUGCUUGGUUUCUAGUGUAUUUAUAAGUUAAUUUAAACUUGAAUCUUAUUCUGGGAUCAGUAUUUAUUUAGUACAGAAAAUAACUACCCGGUCUUUUGAAAACUCAAAUCUCACCAAAGCAUGAAUUGAGAAUUAGUUAUUUGUGUGUAACUGUAUUAAAGUAAACGUGCAACAAACAUUUCCCCACUCCUUCCAGUGAAAAUGUGAAUUUAACAAAGAACAAAAUAAGCACUCCGUAUGUUGCCCUCAUGGCAUGUGUUGAAGAUGAUUCUUCUAUAUCCUGGGUCAGCAAUGGCUACAGAGACUGUGUGCUCAGCCACUGGGGGAAGGUUGUACCUUGUGACUAAAUCGAAACAUACAUAUUUCCAUUUAGGGUCUUAUUUCUCAGAAGAGCUGAGCAGCCACAAUUCAAAGUCAAUGGGAACUGUACGUACUCUGCACUUCUGAAAAUUAGGCCCUUCAGGAGUGGCAUUGACAGACCACAGUAGGCUGCUGCCAUAGGCUGUAAGGAUAGCAGCUGAUACUGUCAGCCAAAACACAGAAAAAAAAUUGGCAUGGACUUCCAAUAAAGGUGUGGACCAGGUUUCCUGUUUUUGCAAAACAUACUCUGUUAUUUUCUUGCUGUACUCCAUCUGUAGGAGCCAAGAGCAUUACAUUGCUCAGAAGUGACUUGUAGUGGCAUUGACCAGUUGUGAAUGUUUUUGAAACUUUGUUUGAGAUACAAGAAGCCACUGAAAAGGAGAGGAGGGACUCCAGUCUGAGCCUGUCCCUGUCUAUACUACAUCUAUAACUGAAAUAGAAGAUAUAUUUAAAUACAGUUGUUCACUGAUCUGGGUACAGAAUGCUUCAAAGUUCUAAUGUAUGUAGGAUCUGACUGUCUCUGCAACUGGGUAAAGAUCAUAGAAGUCCAGGGUUUUAACUUAGUUACUAGUACACAGAUCUCAUCUAACUUGCAACUUGUGACUAGAUUUUGUUGUUCAGUUAUCACUGGAUCAUAAUUAGGGCCUAAGAAUUUACAUGUAAUUUACCACCGCUGUGUUUUCUGUUUGCGACAGAGGUACCAGCUCAGGUAAUCCUACUUUGGAUGCAUGUCACUUUUCCUUUUUAUUAUUUUUAAAUACAUGCUGAAAAGGAUGAGAGAGAUUCCGUGCAUUAUCGUAUUUAAUAAGUUCAUUCAAACUACCUAAGAGCAUUAAUUAAACUAUUGAAAAUUCACUGAUCUGUAAUCUGGAAUGGAAACCCCAUAGAGUUCAGCUUCAUAUUUUAACAUAAUUCUGAUUUUGCUUUGCAGCCAUUAUCAAAGGUAGUUAUACACAUUUAUCAAUAAAGGAAAUGAUCUUAAUCCAAAGAAAAUAAAAUUGUAUUGCUGCUGUUGCAUUCUGUAGAACUGAAUGGUGCAGAAUAGGUAUAUAGGUGUCUUUAAAAAUCAUUUGCUAAGGGCCUGAUCCUGUCCUCAAUCUGCACAUGCUCCCAGUGACUUGUGCACACAGAACAAAUGCUUUAACUCUCCUCCACUCCCUGUCCUAUACAGUGUUGAGCACUUCUGACAAGGGGCUGGGAAACAUCUAACUAGUGAAUAAUUAUUGAAUGAACAUACAAAAACAGAUCCAGACUUUAAUGCCAAACCAGUAGCAUCUCCAGCUGAAUGCUGUUGUAACAUGCCUCUGGUAGAAGAGUCAUCUGUCUGUAGCUAUGUAUUUGUCGAUCUUGACCUAUCUAGGUACUUCUACUAUUCAUGUCUCCAUAAUAUCUCAGUGCUUACAAAUGGGCAGGGUGGCACAUAUGGGACCACCCCAGCAUGCUAUAGGCCUCUUCUUGCUGCUGCUACCUUCUGAAGCACAGUGUUUGGUGCUGAUGGAGCCUAGUAGUGCUUAUUCUGGAGGGAUAUGUUUUAGUAUCUUCUGAUGCAGUGGAUCAGAGCUGGAACUCAUUUAAAACCUCUGUUCAUGGCAGCUGUUUUGACUUGCUAGCAGUCCAAAGCCUAUGCACAUAUAUAGGCACUGGAGGGAAUUUAGCAUACUGUGUACAAAUAUCUUUACAUGCAGUUCUGUUCUGAAAAAUGACUAAGAAUGGCCUCAUGAGGUUCCAUAUUUAUCUCUCUGACACCAGAACAAAUGUGCUCAGCGUACAGGUAGAAAGUUGUUUUUUCUAACUACCAGCCCUUGCACACACAGCCUGGGAGUUUUGAGUAAUCUGUUCUUGUGCAUGAUCUUCGAUGCUGAUAAAGUGUCUGCUGGGAGAAUUGUGUCUUCACGUACAACUGUGAACUCACAUUGCCUUCAACAGGCUUGUACAGGUGUGGCUGACUGGAAUUUUGUACCAGUUGUGUUGCUGAUACAUAAGAUGGAAUAGAAUCCAGCUCAUUUUCUCCUAGCUCCAUUGGCUGUGGUGGACCAGCAGGCACAAAGACCAUUAAAAAAAUUAAAAGUUCCCAUUCUGAGUUCAAAUCUGCUGAACAUACACAGGGACUGGAUUUGAUGAGUAAGAAAAUGUCAUUUUUACAUUCAACAAAAGUUUCAGACUUUAGUGGGAGCUGCAUGUCUCCAGCACCUUUAAAAUCAGGCCUGAGGUGUCCAAAGUUGUGUACCCAAACAUUCAGAGACACAAAAUAGUGAACAUUUCUGAAAACUUCAGACUAGAAAUGCACUUUAAGGAGCAAUUUUUAUGAGUCUGGAUGACUGUAGAGUGCACUUUGGGAAUGAGAAAUGUCCCUUCCAUUUUAGUUUUGAGGGAACGGGGAGAAGUCUCGAUUACAUUGGAAACUAUGUUCUUAAAAACCGAUCAGUAAACUUAACUGAGGCAGUUAAAAUAUUUUACAUUAAAAGAUCUAAGCAAACUCAGCAGGUCUUAUUUAUCCUUACUGAAGCAAAACUCACAUUGAAUUCAAUAAGGAGUUUUACCUGCAUAACCUUCCUGAUUUUCCUGGUUGUUAGAGCCUGAUUCUGCACAACAGAAGUUGGAGUUUUAUCAUUGCCUUCAGUGGGAGCAGGGAUCAAGGCCUCUCAUGGGGCACAACUCAUUGUGUUAUAUAGGCACUCAAUCGUUUUUUCAGAAUUUGGCUCAUCUGUCCUUAAAGAAAUUACUCUAACAAAAAUGGAAAUCAAAAUUACUCUCCAGACUAGGGUUCCCUUAGAUUCGGGUUUUCCCACACAUGACCUCUUUUUUUUGGUCCACUGAUCUCCAUCCGGGCAGAUUUUUGAAAUGUGAACAAAUGUCCUGUGAUUUUUUCCUUGCUCGUCCUUUUUUCAACAAAAAUUCUGGUAGAACUGCAGUUGUUGGUGUGCCCUAAUACUGGCAUGCAUGUUUACUGGUUUGCCACACUUCUGUGCUGCUGGUGGUGCAACGCUGCCUUCAGAGCUGGGCAGCCGGAGAGCGGUGACUGCUGUUUGAGUGCCUAGCUCUGAAGGCAGUGCUGCCACCAGCAGCAGCAUAGAAGUAAAGGUGGCAUGUUACUGACUGAGUCGCUGAAAGGGAUCCUGCUUGUACAGUACAACUUCAGGCAUACAUCUUGCAAAGACUUUCAUGGCACAACAGGACGAAGGCAGUAGAAAACGACUAACGGCAUGUAAAAAGGUGCAUUUAAAUUUGAUUUACAUUUAUUUUUGAGGCCAUUACACUUGUUUAUAAAUGUUAGAGAUUCAAAGUAAAAAGAAACUGUAGUCUCCUUCCCCUGGCAGUGUCCUCUAUUUGGGAACUUAAAAUAUUGUAACCCUGCUCCAGACUACACACAGUAGAUCAGCCUGCUUUUCUGGAACAAAAUAAAUGGCAAAAUUAAUGGUUGUUUAUUUCAAACAUGCUGUAAAGAUAUCGCUCUAUAUUGGGAAUGCUUGUGUGAACAAUUCUAGUCUAGAUAAAGGGACUCUUUAGGAUGUCAAAUUCAGUCUAGGAUUUGAUUUAUUUCAGGAGGGUCGGGGUCAGCUGAAACAAAACUUGUGUUGAAAUGUGAAUUGUUUCUUUUUUCUCCUUUUAUAAUAUUGUACCUGUCCUGGGAUGUGUGUUUUGGUCGUCUAUUUUUUUAGUAAAACGCAUUUUCCUUUGCCCAAA